GUAGAGUUGUGUUCACGUGUGGUUGUGUCUCCUUUUUCUACAAAAUAGGUCACACAACCCACUUCCAUUCGUGAAAUAACUCUUCUAUAAAAAAAAAACCCAAAAAAAAUAUAAAAAUUAUAAAAAUACAAACAAAAAAAUCGAAAAACCGUAGCUGAAAACCGCGAAACGUAAGUAAAGUGUGGAAAAAAAUAGUAAUCAUUGUGUUACAAAGAGCAACGUGGUCGGAAGAGCGCAAGCCAUAUUGAAGGAACGAGAGAAACUAAAAACCAGAGAAUUUUUUCAACUUAAGCAGCUGCAAGACGAGGGAAUACUACGAAUAUGAACCCAGGGGCACCUAAUUAUCCUAUGGCGUCACUCUACGUCGGCGAUUUGCACGGUGAUAUCACCGAAGCGAUGCUUUUCGAGAAGUUUUCAUCGGCUGGGCCCGUACUCUCGAUACGCGUCUGUCGUGAUAUGAUUACCCGACGCUCGCUUGGAUAUGCUUAUGUUAACUUCCAGCAACCUGCUGAUGCGGAACGAGCACUUGAUACAAUGAAUUUUGAUAUGAUAAAGGGACGGCCAAUUCGUAUCAUGUGGUCUCAACGUGAUCCAUCUCUUCGGAAAUCUGGUGUUGGAAAUGUAUUUAUAAAAAAUUUAGAUAAAAAUAUAGACAAUAAAGCAAUGUACGAUACGUUCUCUGCUUUCGGUAAUAUACUUAGUUGCAAAGUAGCUCAAGAUGAAUCUGGCGUUUCUAAAGGUUAUGGUUUUGUUCAUUUUGAAACUGAAGAAGCAGCAAAUAAAUCUAUUGAUAGAGUUAAUGGCAUGUUACUAAAUGGAAAAAAGGUAUAUGUUGGUAAAUUUAUACCCCGCAAAGAACGUGAAAAGGAAUUAGGAGAAAAAGCUAAACUGUUCACCAAUGUUUAUGUAAAGAAUUUUGGGGAAGACAUGACGGAUGAUAAACUUAAAGAAAUGUUUGAAAAAUAUGGGACCAUCACCAGUCACAAAGUUAUGAUCAAGGAUGACGGCAAAUCUCGAGGAUUCGGUUUUGUUGCAUUUGAAGAUCCUGACGCUGCUGAACAAGCAGUACUCGAAUUAAAUGGAAAAGAAGUUGCUGAAGGAAAAUGUAUGUAUGUUGGACGGGCGCAAAAGAAGGCAGAGCGUCAGCAAGAAUUAAAACGAAAGUUUGAACAAUUAAAAUUAGAACGUUUAAAUCGUUAUCAAGGAGUAAAUCUAUAUGUAAAGAAUUUGGACGAUAGUAUAGAUGACGAGCGGUUACGCAAAGAAUUUGCACCUUUUGGAACAAUUACGUCUGCUAAAGUUAUGAUGGAAGAAGGACGCAGUAAAGGCUUUGGAUUUGUCUGUUUUUCUGCUCCUGAGGAAGCUACCAAAGCUGUAACGGAAAUGAAUGGUCGUAUAAUAGUAACUAAACCAUUAUAUGUUGCUCUGGCUCAGCGUAAAGAAGAUCGUAAAGCGCAUCUUGCUUCUCAAUACAUGCAGCGUCUGGCAAACAUGCGAAUGCAGCAAAUGGGUCAAAUUUUUCAGCCUGGUGGUGCCGGAAAUUAUUUCGUUCCCACUAUUCCACAACCACAAAGAUUCUAUGGACCUGCACAGAUGGCCCAAAUUCGUACAACACCACGUUGGCCAGCGCAACCAAAUCAGGUGCGACCCAAUGCUCAAACUGGAAGUUCAGGUUUUGCUACAAUGCAAGGUCCAUUUAGAGCUGCACCACGAGCUCCCACUGCACAAACUGGUACAAUGCGAAGUACUUUGUCUGCUCGACCAAUCACAGGUCAACAAGCAGUUGGCGGUGCAAAUAUGCAAAAUCGUUCAAUGGCUGGUCCAGCAGUGGGAGUAUCAACUCAAAACCGUCCAUCAAAUUACAAAUACACUUCAAACAUGCGUAAUCCACCACAAGCAAUGGCACUCCCUGCCCCAACGCCUGUACAGCAAGCUGUUCAUAUUCAAGGCCAAGAACCACUAACUGCCUCAAUGCUGGCAGCUGCUCCACCUCAAGAACAAAAACAAAUGUUGGGGGAACGUCUCUUCCCAUUGAUUCAAUGUAUGUAUCCGCAACUUACUGGGAAGAUUACGGGAAUGUUACUGGAGAUUGACAACUCGGAACUCCUGCAUAUGUUGGAGCAUAACGAAUCGCUGAAAGCCAAGGUUGAAGAGGCCGUAGCUGUAUUACAAGCUCAUCAGGCCAAACAGGCUGUGGCUUCUAAAAAAGAGUAAACAUCUUAAUUAAGGUAUUAUUUUAUUCUUCCUUAAUUGUUCGUAACGAUGUUCAGUUUUUCUUCCUCGAGUUUUAUGAUAAAUAAAUUUUCCUUUAAAAGUAUCAAAUGAGUUUAUUCUUUCCCCGAUCCUUCCUUUGUUUUAAGUAUUUUUUUUCCUUUUUUUAAAAUUAUUAUUAAGAUAUUUGUAUUAUUACUUUCAUGUAAUACACAUGUAAUGAAAGUAUAGAGAAUAAAUUAUUUGAAGUGUUUGAAAUGCAAUUUGGCUUUUAUUUAUUACACUAGAAAUUACUGUAUAUUAAUAUUUGUUCCCCUAUUUCUUUUAUAAUAAACUUAUAUCACCUGAUACAUUUCUAUUAAUCUAUAAUUUGUAAGCAAAUUGUAUAAAUUUAGAAAAAUAAAAUAUAUAAAUAAGAAUGAGUAAAAUAUAUAAGUAUAAAAAUUAGUUUUAUAUCUUGAUGAUUAUAUUUUGAUAUUAAUCAAAUAACAGACAUAUAUUUUUUAAAUUAUAUAUUUAUAAAUUUCAAUUAUAUUGUAAAAACGAUUUUAUUCAUCAAAUGUAAUAGAAAAGUAAGAAUAAUGUAAAUUACAGAAACUCGCAAAAAAGACAAAAACUUGUAUUUGUAACAAAAAAAAUCGUAUUAUUAAAAUGUAAAUAAAAAUAAAUAUAAAUAGUAAUACAAGAGUAUAUAAUUUCCUUGCAUCUUUCUUGUUUCUUAUAAGUUUUACAAAUUAAAAUUAAACAUAUUAAACUAAUUGAUUUUUGAUCUAAGUGCUUUAAUUUUUUUUCUGAAAUAAAAAAUUCAUCGAUAUAUAAAAAAAUUUAUAAUUCAAUUUGAAAAAAUGAUAUUAAAAUAUAGAAUAUAGAUAUCUACAGUAUAUAUUAAUAAAUAAUUAAAUGAAUUGUUUCUACUAUUUUAUUAUUUUAUUUCACAAUUAACAUGAGGAAAGUAAUUUUGUUUUAUGUUGAAAUUAAAGAAAUCAUUUUCUUUAAAUAAUUUUCUAUUUUAACUGAUUUCUUCAAAUAAAUAUUUAAAUAUUGUAUUUUAUAUUUAACUUAUACAUAAUGUAGUGGAAUUAUUUUAUGACAUAGUAACAUUUGCUCUUAAUAUUUCAAUAUAUAAUGUUAAUUUACUUAUUUUAUAUAUGUAUAAUUUUUCUUUCAUAGCAAAUUGAGCCUAGAAGAAAUGUGUUCUUUCUUCCAUAAAUAUUUAUCCUAACACUAUUGAAAUACUUCAAGUAAUUACAACAAUAUUUUAUUGUUUAUAUACUCUCAUUAAUAUUGUGACUCUCAUUAAUAUUUGAACACUUACAUAUUCAGACACUAAGUAUUGAAACUAUUAUAAUUGAAAAAAAAAAAAUUGCACGUAAAUAAAUUUCAGUUCAUUUUAAAGUUUGAAGCCUCUACUUUCAAAAUGCACUUUGUUCUAAGAUGUUCUUACACUAUGUAGCAAAUGUGAAGAUAUUUUUGUAAGAUUUGUCGAACUCUGACAUAAACUAUGGCUAUAUUAUUGAAGCAAUUCUUGGAAGAAGUCUCGAGUUAGACUGCACAUGAAUGUACGAAUGAAUGCCGAUACACACAGUGAACAGAAGUGCAGUAUCUUUGGGUCAAGUUUUGCGACGACAGUAUUACGCUUGGAUUUAUUAACUUUUGAGACCGAUGAUAGAACAAAAGCAGUCGUCGAGCGAACAUUUCGUUUUUAUAUUUUCUAAUAUUUUCCUUCUCGAAAAUUAACUAUUAUGAUAUAUAAAAAAAUUGAAAAAUCUUGUUUGCUACGGAUUUAAAGAUUAAAGCUUUCCUUUUACGACUGCGUAAAACAUCCUGUACGAUUUUUUUUCGUCAAUUUAUUGAAUUUUGAAUAUCAGGUGAAAACGAAUAUAACAAAUUGUGAAUGAAGAAACAGUUUCAAUCUUCAAAUAUAUGCUGGAUUUAGGCGCAAAAAAAGUUUCUCUUUUUUACAUACUAUAACAAUUUAUAGUAUUUUCGAGAAGAAAAGUGUCUUUCCCUCUCGGUGCGUAAUGUAAAAAUAUCUUAGAAUAAAAUGCAUUUUGAAAGUAAAGGCUUCAAGCUUUAAAAUAAGUUCAGGUUUAUUGUCGUACGAUUUUGUUUUUUAUAAAAUUGUAACAGUUUAAAUAUUUAGUGUCCGAAUAUUAAUGAGAGUCAUGUAUAUAUAUAUAUAUAUAUACAUAUACAUAUAUGUAUAUAUGUAUAUGUAUACAUACAUGUGUAUAUAUGUAUAUAUAUACAUGUAUGUAUGUAUAUAUAUAUAUAUAUAUAUAAGAGAUUCUGUGCAUCCUCAAGUUAAUUGUUUGUUUUUUAGAAAGAAAAGUUUUGAAUAGCCUUGCAUCUAUUGACUUUUACGACUAACUAUAAAGAACAGACAACAGAGAAAGUAUCCUUUCUCCAAUUUCAGGUCAGCGUCACAAAAAGUAAAGGACGUCUGUUUUGCUUCAAAGUUUGUUUGUUCUAUUGAAAUCUGUGAGGUACUUCGCGCAGCACGAUUUUCAUAGAUCUGGAACGUAUUGAAAAGUAACAUCUGGUUUACUGUGAAAGGUAAUUUUUCUUUCUGUGAAAAGAUCUGAAAUUUUUUCUAGGUAUUGAAGCCAGAUAUCGAUGUAUUAUUAUUACACAUGUAUUGAGAUUUUCAGAUGUGAACCGUGUUCGCUAGGAAUUUUAUUUCAACGUUAAUAUUGUAAUUAGCUUUUUCAAGAAAGAAGUGAUGGUUGAUAAUUAUUAUCAGAUAAAAAAAUCAGCUGCGGUACUAAAGAAAAGUAGAACAAUAGCAUUACGCGUAAACCUCGAAGAAGUGUAAUAAAUGCAAGAAAAUCAUAAAAAUUACAAAUUUUUUAAAAAUAUUCUUUUCGUAAUAUUAUAUCUUGUAAUAUUAUAUUUCGUAGUAUUAUAUAAGAGCUCUAUUAUUAAGCGAUUAUUUAGAAUUGUUCUAAGUUUUGAACGUUGAAUUUAUAUUUAAUAGAUUUGUAUAAUAAUUUCCAAUGUAAAAAUGUUUAAAAAUGAUUAUAAUUAAUAAAAAAUGCGUAGCUUACUGAUGGAACAAUUUUUUAAAAUUCUUUUAGAAUUAUUAAUUUGGAAGUAAUUGAAAAUUUGUCAAUUAUUGCAUUGGUAUUAUCUAUCAUAAUUAGCACUAUAUGAUUAUUUUUAAUAAUUUAUCGUUUAUAAGGUACAAAGAGAUUUUAGAAACAAAAGUAUAG